AUGACAUUUGUCUACAACAAGACCAGACUCAUGGAUUGCACAGCCAAGAGAGUUCAGCUGCUGCUCUUCAUGGCUCUGCUCGCGCAUCUGGCUCGAGACGCGGAGGGCGCGGCCACCUGCUGCUCGAGCGCUUCAAGGUCCUGCAAAUUAUACGAGAUGCUGUGUCGCUCGGGACCCCGAAACGACACUUCCGUCGCCAGGCAUAUCGGCCACCUUAAUAACGACGCUGCUGUCGGGAUUCUAACACUUGGAAAACGUAGAAUGGGCGAGAGACGCGUCCAAGACCGCCUGCGACAACUCCUUCACGGCUCACGGAAUCAAGCGGCGGGAAUCCUGACUAUGGGAAAGAGAUUCGAGGACGGCGGGCACCUGCCGCUCAUGCUCGCGGGAGGCACGGUGAGUGCGCCCCUGAGACUCGGACUGGAGCGUCCGCUGAAAUAUCUGAUGCCCAGGGAACCAGAAGACCUGGACGCUUAUGAAAAACGAUGACACUUACUACUUUAAAAUAAAAAAUAAUAAAACUGCUGUUCAUUGGAGACGUCUAUUUGUAGGCUCACACAGAAGGCUAAUUCUAAAUGGGGUUUUAAAAUUACUUUUUUGAUUCGAGUAAAAAAAGGUUUGUGAUUACCAAUACCCAAAGAGACAUACGUUU